ACAGUGUCCGGAUGGCGUGUGGCAGCAGGAGAGUCACCAUCCAGUUGGUUAACGAGGAGACAGGGCCUGAAACCAAGGGCCCAAAGCUCUUUCGGGGCCAGAACUUCAAAGCAAUCCGAGCAGCCUGCCUGGAUGAGGGGAUCCUGUUCCGAGAUCCCUACUUCCCUGCUGGCCCUGAUGCCCUUGGCUACGACCAGCUGGGACCCCACUCGGAGAAGGCCAAAGGGGUGGAAUGGAAGAGGCCCCAUGAGUUUUGCACUGAGCCCCAGUUCAUCUGUGAGGACAUGAGUCGAACAGACGUGUGUCAGGGGAGACUGGGUAACUGCUGGUUUCUUGCGGCCGCUGCCUCCCUCACUCUGUACCCCCGACUCCUGUCCCGAGUGGUCCCCCCGGGACAGGGCUUCCAACAUGGCUACGCAGGUGUCUUCCACUUCCAGCUCUGGCAGUUUGGCCGCUGGGUGGACGUCGUGGUGGACGACAGGCUGCCUGUGUGCGAGGGGAAGCUGAUGUUCGUGCGCUCCGAUCAGCGGAACGAGUUCUGGGCUCCACUCCUGGAAAAGGCCUAUGCUAAGCUCCAUGGCUCCUAUGAGGUGAUGCGAGGCGGCCACAUGAAUGAGGCUUUUGUGGACUUCACAGGGGGCGUAGGUGAGGUGCUUUACCUGAAGAAGGACACUCCAAACCCUCCGGGCCUCUUCUCCAUCCUGCGCCAUGCCCUGGCCAAGGAGUCCCUCGUGGGGGCCACUGCCCUGAGUGAUCGGGGUGAGUACCGGACAGAAGACGGGCUGGUGAAGGGACAUGCAUAUUCAGUCACGGGCACACACAAGGUGUCACUGGGCUUCACCAAGGUGCGGCUGCUGCGGCUGCGGAACCCAUGGGGCCGAGUGGAGUGGAAUGGGGCCUGGAGCGACAGCUGCCCACGCUGGGAUGCGCUCCCUACAGAGUGGCGAGAUGCCUUGCUGGUGAAAAAGGAGGAUGGCGAGUUCUGGAUGGAGCUGCUAGACUUCUUCCGCCACUUCGACACCGUCCAGAUCUGCUCGCUGAGCCCUGAGGUGCUGGGCCCCAGCCCGGCUGGAGGCGGCUGGCACAUCCACACUUUCCAAGGCCGUUGGGUGCGCGGCUUCAACUCUGGUGGGAGCCAGCCUGGUGCCGAAACCUUCUGGACUAACCCCCAGUUCCGGCUGACGCUGCUGGAGCCUGAUGAAGAGGAUGAGGAAGAGGAUGGGUCCUUGUGGUGCUGGGGGGCAGCAGGGGCACGGGGCCCCGCACGGGGUGCUCGCACCCCCAAAUGCACUGUUCUCCUGUCACUCAUCCAGCGCAACCAGCGGCGCCUGAGGGCCCGGGGCCUCAAAUACCUGACCGUGGGAUUCCAUGUGUUCCAGAUCCCAGAGGAGCUACUGGGCCUGUGGGACUCACCGCGGAGUCGCGCGCACUUGUCGGGCCUGCUGCGCGCCGACCGCUCGCCAUUCUGCGCCCGCCGCGACGUGAGCCGCCGCUGCCGCCUGCGCCCGGGCCACUACCUGGUGGUGCCCAGCGCCGCCCGUGCGGGCGAUGAGGCCGACUUCACGCUGCGCGUGUUCUCUGAGCGUCGCCACACUGCCAUGGAGGUAGAUGAUGUGAUCAGCGCCGACCUGCAUGCCCUUAUGGUCCCCUACAUUCCCCUGGAGCUGGAGUUGCAGCAGCUUUUUCAGGAGCUGGCAGGAGAGGAGGAAGAACUUGGCGCCCCUCAGCUCCAGGUCUUGUUAAGCAUCGCCCUGGAGCCUGCCAGGGCCCAUGCCCAGACCCCCAGAGAAAUCGGGCUCAGGACCUGUGAGCAGCUGCUGCAGUGUUUUGGGCAUGGGGGAAGCCUGGACUUGUACCACUUCCAGCAGCUCUGGGGCCACCUCCUGGAGUGGCAGGCCACAUUCGAUAAGUUCGACGAGGACGCCUCUGGAACCAUGAAUUCCUAUGAGCUGAGGCUGGCGCUGAAUGCAGCGGGCUUCCACCUCAACAACCAGCUGACCCAGGCCCUCACGAGCCGCUACCGUGACAGCCGCCUGCGUGUGGACUUUGAGCGCUUCGUGUCCUGCAUGGCCCAGCUUAUCUGCAUCUUCCGCCACUGCAGCCAGCACCUGGAUGGGGGUGAGGGGGUCGUCUGCCUGACCCACAGACAGUGGAUGCAGGUGGCCACCUUCUCCUAGAUCUUGGCCCAGGAGCCCUGCCUCUCCCCCUCGCAGCCCAGGCCAUGGGGAGGGGGCAGCUGCUCUGACAGUGGGCCGUGGUUCCCAGCGCGGCCUUGGGAGCCGGCCUGCCAGGAGCAGAUUUCAGACGACACCGGGCAAGUCCCCGCACCUCUCUGCUUUGUCCUCGGGCAGGGUCACACGCCUGUCCUGUGCGGGCUGCAGGAGUUUGCCCACGUCACACGCUGAGAACAGUGGCUGGCCCAGAGUGGGUCCCCACUGGCACCCCUGUGCUCACACACUCACGGGAACGGGGACUGGGGCGUGCCCAAGCCCCCACUUCACUCUGGGAAGGGGUGCUCCAUCAUCACUCUCAGAAGAAGUGCAGAACAGGGAUAGAAAAACAGAGGACACUGUAGGAAUCCUUAAAAAUAUUACAUGUUUUAUUAUCCUGUCCCCAGAAGGGAGGUUUAUCCAGAAACCGAGAAAAAACAAAAUCAAGAAUAAACUCAAAAAAAUAAGGGUGGGGGGGUGGGUAGGGAAGGGAGAGCAAAACCAUCCACUAACAGGCAGCUAGGCCAGCAGCCCACCCUCCACCUCAGGAGGGUCCCCAGAGACCCAUGCCCGACGGCAGACAUCAGAGAGAAAUCGGUGAGGGGCUGGGGGAGGGGAGCCAAUCAGCUAUGUCUUCAUUAUUGAGAGCAAGAGGCGGCGAAGAUAUGUUGCUAGGUGAAUAUAUAUUUAUAUAAUAAAUCCGUAAGUUAAUAAAGUAAAUAGUAAUUCUCUGAAAGGUUGAUUUUUUUUGUUUUUUUUUGUGUGUGUGAAUUUUUCUGUGUGUGUGUGGGGGGAGUGGGGGAGUUUUGGGGAAGGGGGCUGGUCCUUAGAAAAUUUGAAGAGAUACACAGGUCCAGACAAAGCAAAGUGGGGGGUUGGCUGGGGGUGAGGGCUGGAGGCUGGUCUGCCUGGCCCCUCUCCUAUCGCAGAAGAGAGGGGGACUGAAGCCCCUCAUGUUCUGGUGACGCCAAGUUGGAGGGGAGGCGAGACGGAGCAGGCAGGUCCUCUUUCCUGCCGGGCGGCCUGGGCACCCUCUGCAGGGCCCAUCGCAGGCUCGGCGGUUCCUGGACAAGGCACGUCGGGCUUUGGCCUGGAUGUGGGAGGCCUUGAAGGGACCUCGGGGGAGGAGGGGUGGGGGUGGGGUGGGGGUGCCGUUUCUAGGGCUUGGAGGGGGCCUGUUUUGCUGAGGAUCCACUGUUCCCUCCACAGUUAAAAAAAAAAAAAAAAAACCCAAAACGAAACAACACAUCAUAUAUAUUUACCAGACCAGAAGCGCUGACCCCGUAAGCCUCCCGGCCCCCAUCCAGGGGGAGGGAGAGCCGUGCGGCCGGCCGACCAGAGAGAGAGGAGAGAGCCUGCCCCAGCCCCUCCCUGCCCACCCGCCCCCCAGCAAGACCGACAGAGAGUGCUUUGCAUAGA